CGUAGGCGGCUGGAUGCUCUCGCUCGAACAGCCCAAUCAGGAGGCUUUGCCGUAGGAGUUUAAAGGUCUGUGCGGCACUUUCCGUGCACUGCAACCUCUGCUCCAGCCGAAGGAACAAUCGUUUUUUCUCCACCGCCGAUCAGCUCCCCUGUCACGCUUGAAAAUGUCCGACACCGGCGCACGUCUGAACAAGUUCAAGAACAAAGGCAAAGACGCCAACGAGCUUCGACGCAGGAGAGUGGAGGUGAACGUGGAGCUGCGCAAGGCGAAGAAGGAUGACCAGAUCUUCAAAAGGAGGAAUGUGUCCGCGUUCCCCGACGAGGCCACUUCUCCCCUUCAAGAGAGAACCCAGAACUGUCAGGCUUUCAGGCAGUGGACAGUUGAGGAGAUCGUCACCGGCGUGAACAGUGGCAACGCCGAGUCCCAGCUCCAGGCCACGCAGGCUGCACGGAAACUGCUGUCUCGUGACAAGCAUCCUCCCAUUGACCAGAUGAUCAGCGCCGGUCUGAUCCCCAAGUUUGUCGCCUUCCUGGGGCUGACGGACUGUCCUCCACACCAGUUCGAGGCUUCCUGGGCCCUGACCAACAUCGCCUCCGGGACAUCCCAUCAGACAGCUGCUGUCGUGGAGGGCGGGGCCAUUCCUGCCUUCAUUAGCUUGGUCACAUCCCCGCACCAGCAUAUCAGCGAGCAAGCAGUCUGGGCCCUUGGCAACAUUGCUGGUGAUGGAUCAGCCCUUAGAGACAUGGUCAUCAAGCAUGGAGCUGUGGCCCCUCUGCUCAGUCUGAUGGCAGUCCCUGACUUGUCUGUAUUUAAUACCGGCUACGUGAGAAAUGUGACAUGGACGCUGUCAAACCUCUGCCGCAACAAGAACCCCUCCCCACCUAUGACGGCAAUCCAACAGAUUUUACCUGCCCUCAUUCGUCUGCUGCACCACGACGAUCUGGAGGUGUUGGCUGAUGCGUGUUGGGCCGUUUCUUACUUGACCGACGGCUCGAAUGACCGCAUUGAUGUGGUGGUCCAAACUGGCAUUGUUCCCCGCCUUGUGAAGCUGCUUGGCUUUGACGAGCUGCCCGUCAUUACCCCUUCACUGCGUACCAUCGGCAACAUUGUGACCGGAACAGAUGAGCAGACUCAGGCAGUGCUCAACGCUGGGGCCCUGUCCAUGUUCCCCCGACUGCUGCGCCACAAAAAGGCCAACAUCCAGAAGGAGGCCGCCUGGACUCUGUCCAACAUCACUGCAGGGAAAGACAACCAGAUCCAGGAGGUCAUCGAUGCGGGCCUCGUCCCUUACAUGGUCGAAACACUUGCACGGGGUGACUACAAAACUCAGAAGGAGGCUGUGUGGGCCAUUACAAACUUCACCAGUGGGGGCACUGUUCAGCAGGUGGUUUAUCUCGUUCAAGCCAAUGUGAUUGAGCAUCUUCUGACUUUACUCUCCUCCAAGGACAGCAAAAUUGUCCUUGUCAUUUUGGAUGCCAUCACAAAUAUCUUCUUGGCUGGAGAUAGAAUUGGGGAGGCGGACAAGCUGAGUCUAAUGAUCGAAGAAUGCGGUGGACUCGACAAGAUUGAGGCUCUGCAGUCUCAUGAGAAUGAGAUGGUGUACAAAGCAGCCCUCAACAUCAUUGAGAAAUACUUCUCUGAAGAGGAUGAGGAGGUGCAGAGUGUGGCCCCAGAAGCAACCACUGAUGGUUAUGCAUUUCAAAUCAGUGAAAACCAGAGCACUUUCAAUUUCUAAAUGCCUUUCUCUUCCCUCUAAUCUGAACUUUACUGUACCCUCACUUCUACUGUUUGUCCUUUGUCUGUGACCCUUUUUUUGUAUGUACUGUACAUACCAUUUUUUAAUGUGAUUGAUGAAACACGACUGUAAAUAAAGGAGUCAAAUUA